UCCACCCCAGGCGUCUGUGGCGUUUGAGCAAAGAUGGAAGACUCGGAGGUUUGUCUCGGGACCCAGGCUAAGCCUGGGGUCGCCCUGCAGAGGCAAGGGAGGGUGUGCCUCCGGCAGCGCAUUAGGGGCCCCCCACAGACUGGGAGCAUGGAGGACGCCCCGGACACAAUGUUGGUGGCCGUGCUCAAGAAAAGCCGGUUCCUCACGGCGGGAGCCAAGUGCUGCGAAUGCGGGGCCUCCCUCUCCCAUCAGUACUACGAGAAGGACGGGCGGCUCUACUGCAAGAAGGACUACGGGGCCCACUUUGGGGAGAUGUGCCACGGCUGCUCGGAGCAGAUCACCAAGGGGCUCGUCAUGGUGGCCGGAGAGCAGAAGUACCACCCGGAAUGCUUCAGCUGCCUGAACUGCCGGGCCUUCAUCGGGGACGGCGACACGUACGCGCUGGUGGAGCGAUCCAAGCUCUACUGCGGGCACUGUUAUUACCAGAUGGUGGUGACGCCGGUCAUGGACCCGACGCUCCCGGAAUCGCCCGGCACCCGGAUCCCGCACACCGUCACGCUCGUCUCCAUCCCGGCCUGUUCCGAAGGCAAGCGGGGCUUCUCUGUCUCCAUCGACCAGCACGGCGGCUCGGAGCAUCCGCACACCGUGCGCGUCCGAGAAUUGAACCCAGACUGCAUCAGCCCUGAUAUGAAGACCUCCAUCCACAUUGGCGACCGCAUCCUGGAGAUCAACGGCACGCCCAUCCGGCACGUCCCGCUAGACGAGAUCGACCUCCUCAUCCAGGAGACCAGCCGCCUGCUGCAACUCACGAUCGAACACGACCCGCACGAGACGCGGGAGACCAGCCCCCUCUCCGAGCUGCGCAGCCCGCUCCGCUCCCCCAGCCGGACCCCCUGCCCGGAAGCCUCCGCCAUCCGCCAGCGCGCCGUCAUGAGGAGCUGUAGCAUUGACAAGUCCCCUUGCUCGAGCUCGCUGGGCUCCCCGGCCUCCCAACGGAAGGACAUUGGCCGCUCCGAAUCGCUGCGGGUCGUCUCGCGCCCUCACCGCAUCUUCCGCCCCUCAGAUCUCAUCCACGGAGAGGUCUUAGGCAAAGGCUGCUUCGGGCAGGCCAUUAAGGUGACACAUCGGGAGACGGGAGAGGUGAUGGUCAUGAAGGAACUGAUCCGUUUUGACGAGGAGACCCAAAGGACGUUCCUGAAGGAGGUGAAGGUGAUGCGUUGUAUGGAGCAUCCCAACGUGCUGAGGUUUAUCGGGGUUCUCUACAAGGACAAGAGGCUAAACUUCAUCACGGAGUACAUCAAGGGGGGCACGCUCCGUGGGAUCAUCAAGAACAUGGACGGCCAGUACCCCUGGAGCCAGCGGGUCAGUUUCGCAAAAGACAUCGCAGCUGGGAUGGCUUAUCUUCAUUCCAUGAACAUCAUCCACAGAGACCUCAACACCCACAACUGCCUGGUGCGGGAGAACAAAAGUGUGGUGGUGGCUGAUUUUGGCCUUUCUCGGCUCAUGGUGGACGAGAAAAACCAGCUGGCGACCUUGAAGAAACCUGACCGCAGAAAGCGCUACACCGUGGUGGGAAACCCGUACUGGAUGGCCCCCGAAAUGAUAAACGGCAGGAGCUAUGACGAGAAAGUGGACGUCUUCUCCUUUGGCAUCAUCCUUUGCGAGAUCAUCGGGCGGGUCAGCGCGGACCCCGACUACCUGCCGCGGACCCUGGACUUCGGCCUCAACGUCCGCGGCUUCCUGGACCACUACUGCCCGCCCAACUGCCCCAUCAGCUUCUUCCCCAUCGCCGUGCGCUGCUGUGACUUGGACCAUGAAAAACGGCCCUCCUUCAGCCGCCUGGAGCCGUGGCUGGAGGCCCUGCGAAUGCACCUGGCCAUGCAGCUGCCGCUGAGUUCGCAGCUGGAGCAGCUGGACCGGGCCUUCUGGGAGACGCAUCGGCGGGCUGACGGCGGCGGCGGCGGCGGAGGGCUGACGGCGCACCCCGAAGUGUCCGAAUGAGCGCCGCAGAGUUUGCCGAGCAGCGCCGAGCCCCCUCCCUCGCCACGCGUGGGCCCACGAGGGGGGCGGAGGGGGCACCCAGCACUCCUGCAAGCUGCUAGAGCUGGUCUCUGAGUCCAAAGAGGC